GCAUGCUCCCCAGCAGCAAUCCUCGUCGUCGCUCUGCGUGUCUGCGAACACCGUGCGAACGUCCGCAGCAGCAGCAGUGAGCCAGGCAGAGCAGCCUUGCACGACGCGCCAUCGCACCUUGUUGUUGUUGGCGACUCACCGCUCGCGCGAACGCCCAACUUUAGUGCCAAACAAUAAGCCCGACAUUGAUCCUGCACUAGUUACCGCGACAUACCACCUCGUCACCUCCCCCGGUGCUGUCGUUGCCAGCGAUAAAGGCCACCUGCAAGCGCGGCCGGCCAGAGACGAGAACAGCGCUGCCCACGCAUUCGGCCACGCCUGCAUGAACACCCAUGGACAUGCACAGCACGAAACGUUGUACGAGGCUCCGCGUGCAACCUCACUCUUGAACCCGCUAGUUACAGCACGACCGUCAGGAGGUGGCAUUGUGCACCGUGUCUCUACAAGUGACGGCCUAUGUCACCGAAGGCUGAGCGCAACAUGCCGCACCGUUUCCCAUUCGCCAGUCAUACCAACGACGAUGCAAUGCAAGAUACGGGACUGGACGACGCCCCUCCGAAGCGCCUGCGACCCUCUUCGUUGCUGAGGAAGCCCUUUGCAUUGCGGAGGAGGCAUCAUGCAGAGAGCAAUGACGAUGUCCUGCCGCAGACAGCUCCGACCGAGCUCGCCCAGACGCCCGAUUACUUUGCACGAAGGUCGAGUGUCCCAGACAACCUGCCCAUAUGCAGGAGGGCGAUUCCUUCCCUGCCUCGCCCUCAGACGUUUCGAAGGCAAGAGUCGGAGAAGAGAGAGAAGCUGUUGGAAGUGGAGCCUUCGACACGGGAGCGGAGGGCGAUGAGUGAGGAUAGGCGACGGAGUAGUACGCUCAACCGGACACUAUCGCCGCCGUCUUUCAAGCUACCUCUUCGAUCAAGUCUCGACGUUGCGGAGUGGAAGAGAGACAGCUCUUUGCCCUCGCUCUCCUUUGGACCUGCGGAUCAGGGCGCAUCAAGCUCAAGUCGAAACCUCCCACUCCUGCCUCCUCUGCAAAUACCGACCACCGAUGAACCUCCCCCGUUCAUCGAAGAGGGUCGACAAAUCGAAAGCUUUGAUGUGGAUAGGAGCACGCUGCAAGAGGAAUUCGAUCGUCGUUGGAUCCUCAACCUGUCAAUGCAUUUUCGAGAUAAAUCCAAUCGGGAGAAGUUCUUCGUUACCUACGCCGAACGACCUACGCAAUGGAGGCGGCUCACCAUCUCGCUCGACUACAGGAAUGCACCCAAAGACUCUUUGGAAGAAGAUCUUAGCACGUUGCACUAUCAGCGCGACAAGAGCUUACGCAUUUACGAGGCGAUUCGUGAUUCCUUGCCUGAUAUCCAGUAUUACGAUACCGUAACUAACUUGAAGCUUGAGACCACUCCAGAGGAUGGGCAACUGCAUGUUCAUGUGCGAGAAGAUGCGAAUGAGAUUGUCGACUGGCCUGCCAUCUCGCUCUUUGACCAUAUCCGAUGUCCACGAUUCAAUGAGAGCUCAUUAGAUCUGGAGUCGCACCUCAGCGGCUUCGUGUACAAGGUACGCUUGAAUGGUCGCGUUGUAAUCAAGAAAGAGAUUCCUGGUCCGGACACGGUUCAGGAGUUCAUGUAUGAGCUGAAUGCGCUUGACUCGCUGAUGGACAGCAAGCAUGUCGUGCGCUUAGAAGGACUGGUGACUGAUGCCAGAGGCGAGUGUGUUAAAGGCCUGCUCAUCUCUUACGCUAGCCAAGGCGCGCUCGUGGACAUGAUCUACGAUUUCAGAGGCACGACUUCUCUGCCAUGGCAUCGACGCGAGAAAUGGGCCAAGCAGAUUGUGAGCGGUCUUGCAGACAUUCAUGAAGCUGGAUUCGUGCAAGGCGAUUUUACCCUGUCGAACAUUGUGGUCGAUGAAGAUGACAACGCACAGAUCAUCGAUAUCAACAGGAGAGGAUGUCCUGUGGGCUGGGAGCCCCCUGAGCUCAAUCGGCUGAUUGACAGCGGACAACGUAUCAGCAUGUGCAUUGGCGUCAAGACUGAUCUUUUCCAGCUAGGCAUGGUCUUGUGGGCGCUUGCAGAAGAGGUCGAUGAGCCAGAGAGAGUCGAGAAGCCUUUACCGCGCAUAAUUGACGAGGUCCCGCGGUACUUCCGUGACAUUGUCGAGACGUGCCUAAGUGAUCGACCGCAGGGCAGAAAAGAUGCAGUGCAGCUUCUGCGACAUUUCCCAGCGCAUGCUGGACAGCCACUUCCGCGACGCAUCUCGCACGAUUUUGAACUCAACUCGCCUUUCUCAGACCGAAGCUCUUCAUCCACAGCUUACCGCUCCGCGAAGAAAUACAUCGAUCCGGACAUGGCAAUUACUAUCGAUGAUGUCAAAGAGCAUCGGCAUCACGAGCCUAUCGACUAUUCUUCGAUGCUGCAGAAUGCUGUAACUUAUAUGCGACCAGACUCUAAUCCUGAUUCGAUGUAUGCAUUUGAUUCCGAUGGAUCGUGUAUCGUCGGCCGGCGACGGCGUACACACAGUCGAGGCAGGUCGCCAGUAUCGAGCAGGCGCCGAAGGAGUUCGCCCUUUGGGAGAAGUGCUUCGAGCGCGACCUCGUACGAGGGUUCGCCUAUGCGCAGAAGAUUUUCUGGUCAUACUGAUGACUGCGAUCGCGUUGAAGACGGGCAACAAGCCAAGCGCGAGGAUUCUGGGUGGCAGCCAUACAUGAGCAAUCAACCGGACGAUCGAUUAUCGGGCCAGAUGCCACAGCUGUCUCGCAGGGUCGCACAGUUGCAAAGUCGGGAUCCAGCUCGUGUUGCCGAACUUCUCCACACUGACUCUGGCUUCGACGAAAUGAUGGAUGAGCUCAAUCUCGAUACCUCGGAAGUGACAGAGACGGACGUUGACCUUCCAGAAGCACCGUCUACACCGCGACAGAGCUCCAGCAAGGAGCUCCAAUGUCCGCGGACUUUUUACACACCUGAUACUACGCCGCACCAGGCGAAUGAGGAGCAUGACGAUGAUUCCACAACGAGAGUUGGUCGGGGGCCAUCAUCGCAUGAGUAUCACGAAUAUAGCAACACGAAGUUAAUGAAUGACGACAGUAACGUCACUCGCAUGCCGGAAGCACAGCACGGCGAUCUGGUUUCUAGGGAGGGAAGGGCAUAGCGUUUGGGAUGUGGGGCAUUGGAUGUAACAUCCACUUUCGGUUCCUGUAGCAUAGUUUUUCGAAGGGGAGGAAGGACGUACUGUGGAUAUUAAGGUAUCAAUACCAUCAAACGGUACAGAAACACCCAAUCCAACCCAACCCCAAACCCCC